UGGGAACUGAGUGCCAUCAUGCGCAGAGCCGUGCUGGCCUCAGAGGGCACCCGGCCUUUCUAGCACACACAUGUCCACUUCGACAUGGACCCGUGUCAUUCUGUUUCGCCCAGGUCACCAGCACUGACUUCAGCUGUCACCGUUGCUCAUCUUAUUCGCAACAUUGAGCAGCUGAAGAACAAAGACAAACUAAUUUCGCAGCUGGAGAAAGACCUCGGCCAACAGUGGGUAGCUGCUCAACUCGCGGCCCUGGAGCGUGAGUCUGGUGAGGGGGCGCACGCCCUCUCACACCCCUCCAGUGCACUCUCCCGAGACAGCGAUGACCCCACUGUAACGUGGACCCCUACCUCCACCCCCACAACUGGAGGUGUAGAGGAUGGUUGGUCCACAGAUGUGGAAAACUCCACACCGGGCAAGCAAGACUUGCCCAACAAGCUGAAAGAUUUGAAAGCAAGGAACAAGGAACUAGUAGACAAGUGCCGGGCUUACUUGUACAGGAACAAGGAACUGACGGCCCAGAACAGGGCCUAUAAGGACAGCAGUGACAAAGUGUUACACGAGAAUAAAAAAAUGCAAGAACUUCUGGAACAUUCCAAACUGAACAUUCUCCAGUUGACCAGACAACUGAUUGAGCAGAAGGCUGAAAAAAGUAACUUGGAGAAUCAGAGCUCUCUGGUGGAGGAGAUGAAGAAGAAGAUGAUGGAAGACCACAAGACCAUCGCCGCCCUAAAGCAGGCCUGCUCUGAAAAAGAUCGAAGAAUUGAAUUGAUACAGCACCGUAAGAAGAGGAGGAGACUCAUGACACCAGCAGAAAAGAACCUGGGCAUUAGAGAGACUUAUUACGGUUACGACGAGGACAAAUCAAUGGACUCGGACGCUUCCUUCUCUUCUGUGUCCCACAGUACAGUGUCAGAUGAUGAUGUGUGGGAUGACGUG